ACAUCCGGCGAAGUGAAGCCAAAUCGUUGCUAACAUUAGCUUAGUCAAACCGCUGCAAACAUGAGCUUCACUGAUAUGUGGAUGUUUGUAUAGACGGUUGUUUUGUCGUGUCUCAGAUUAAUAUUUUAUCACUUCAAGAUGAGUUCAGUCCAGAAUCUGAGAGAGUUGAUCAACCAGCGACUAACUGCUGCUGCUGAAGAAAUAUUCACAGAGUUUGAGAAAACCAUCGUCCAGUACGAGGAGGAGAUCGAUCGUCAGCGCAGACUGCUGGAUAACAUCUGGAAACCACAGAUAACACAACACACAGCAGAUCUCCCACAGCAACAUGUGUUUAAAGAGGGCAUUGGUCUCGCUAAUCAGCAGCUCUGUAACCAGGAGACAAACUUUUGUCUGGACCAGGAGGACCCAGAGCCACCACAGAUUAAAGAGGAACAGGAGGACCUCUGCACCAGCCUGGACCACACAGACACAGAGCCUCCACAGAUUAAAGAAGAACAGGAGGACCUCUGCACCAGUCUGGACCACAACGACCCAGACCCUCCACUGACUAAAGAUGAACAGGAGGAACUUGGUAUCAGUCAGCAGGGAGUGCAGAUUGUACUGACGGAUACAACUGAUACCUUGCUAUUGACUCCUACUGAUGAAGACAGUGACAACAGUGAAGUAGAGCCAAUCAGCGACAAGCUCCUCUCUUACAAUUCGCCAGUAGCGGACAGUCCACAUCAAGAAGGAAGUAAGCAUGUCGACUCAGGGUCAACUGGAAAUGCAGCUCUGAAGCCAAAGAAGAGUCAUAACAGAAAGAGCAGUCAGAGUCACAGUGUAGACAACUCAGUCCAUAUGAGACUACACAAAGGUGACAAACGGCAUUCUUGUGAAAUAUGUGGGAAACGUUUCUACCGAAGUGAUCAUGUGAUUGUCCACAUGAGAACUCACACAGGUGAGAAGCCGUAUUCAUGUAAAACAUGCGGGAAAAGUUUCAGUCAACGUGGUAGUCUGACUGCCCACAUGAGAACUCACACAGGUGAGAAACCUUAUUCCUGUGAAAGAUGUGGGGAAUGUUUCCGUUACUAUCAGGGUUUGUCCACCCACAUGAGAACUCACACAGGUGAGAAACCUUAUUCCUGUGAAAGGUGUGGAAAAAGUUUCUCUUAUUAUCAGUGUUUGCGGUCCCACAUGAGAACUCACACAAGUCAGAAGCUGUUCUCUUGUGAAAAAUGUGGGAAAAGUUUCAACCAAAGUGGUAAUCUGACUAUCCACAUGAGAACUCACCAAGGUGAGAAGUUGAUUUCUUGCAAAACAUGUGGGAAAGGUUUCAGUACAAGUAGGAGCUUGACUGCCCACAUGAGAACUCACACAGGUGAGAAGCCAUAUUUUUGUGAGAUAUGUGGAAAAACUUUCAGGCAAAGUGGUGAUCUGAUUGUCCACAUGAGAAUUCACACAGGUAAGAAGCAUUACCCCUGUAACACAUGUGGGGAGAAAUUUAAAAAAGCAUCAACACUGAAAAGUCACAUGAGAACUCACAACCCUCAGUACAAGAACACGGUUGUUUUGUCGUGUCUCAGAUUAAUAUUUUAUCACUUAAAGAUGAGUUCAGUCCAGAAUCUGAGAGAGUUGAUCAACCAGCGACUAACUGCUGCUGCUGAAGAAAUAUUCACAGAGUUUGAGAAAACCAUCGUCCAGUACGAGGAGGAGAUCGAUCGUCAGCGCAGACUGCUGGAAAACAUCUGGAAACCUGAGAUAAAGUUACACACAACAGAUCUUUCACAGCAACAUGUCCAGGAGGAGAAUGUUCUUGCUGAGGAGAAUCUCUGCAACCAGGAGAUGCAAGAGGCUGAUAUGGUGGUUCAGCGUAAAUCCAAAUGUGAAGAAAUUUCCAGAGAAAUAUUGAGAGUUUCCAAUAAAACACACGGCCAGUUCAAUGAAGAGAUCAAUUAUCAACGCAGGCUGAAGGAUAUCAUCUGGAAACCACAGCUAGGAUUGCACAGAAUAGAUCUCCCACAGCAACAUGUGUUUAAAGAGGGCAUUGGUCUCGCUAAUCAGCAGCUCUGUAACCAGGAGACAAACUUUUGUCUGGACCAGGAGGACCCAGAGCCACCACAGAUUAAAGAGGAACAGGAGGACCUCUGCACCAGCCUGGACCACACAGACCCAGAGCCUCUACAGAUUAAAGAGGAACAGGAGGACCUCUGCACCAGUCUGGACCACAACGACCCAGACCCUCCACUGACUAAAGAUGAACAGGAGGAACUUGGUAUCAGUCAGCAGGGAGUGCAGAUUGUACUGACGGAUACAACUGAUACCUUGCUAUUGACUCCUACUGAUGAAGACAGUGACAACAGUGAAGUAGAGCCAAUCAGCGACGAGCUCCUCUCUUACAAUUCGCCAGUAGCGGACAGUCCACAUCAAGAAGGAAGUAAGCAUGUCGACUCAGGGUCAACUGGAAAUGCAGCUCUGAAGCCAAAGAAGAGUCAAAACAGAAAGAGCAGUCAGAGUCACAGUGUAGACAACUCAGUCCAUAUGAGACUACACAAAGGUGACAAACGGCAUUCUUGUGAAAUAUGUGGGAAACGUUUCUGCCGAAGUAAUCAUCUGAUUGUCCACAUGAGAACUCACACAGGUGAGAAGCCGUAUUCAUGUAAAACAUGCGGGAAAAGUUUCAGUCAACGUGGUAGUCUGACUGUCCACAUGAGAACUCACACAGGUGAGAAACCUUAUUCCUGUGAAAGAUGUGGGGAAAGUUUCCCUUACUAUCAGGGUUUGUCCACCCACAUGAGAACUCACACAGGUGAGAAACCUUAUUCCUGUGAAAGGUGUGGGAAAAGUUUCCCUUAUUAUCAGUGUUUGUGGUCCCACAUGAGAACUCACACAGGUCAGAAGCUGUUCUCUUGUGAAAGAUGUGGGAAAAGUUUCAACCAAAGUGGUACUCUGACUAUCCACAUGAGAACUCACCCAGGUGAGAAGUUGAUUUCUUGCAAAAUAUGUGGAAAAGGUUUCAGUAGAAGUAGUAGCCUGACUGUCCACAUGAGAACUCACACAGGUGAGAAGCCUUACAUUUGUGAGACAUGUGGCAAAAGUUUCAAUAAAAGAGGUAUUCUGACUGUGCACAUGAGAACUCAUACAGGUGAGAAGCCAUAUUUUUGUGAGAUAUGUGGAAAAACUUUCAGUCAAAGUAGCAUUCUGAUUGCCCACGUGAGAACUCACACAGGUGAGAAGCCAUAUUUUUGUGAGAUAUGUGGAAAAACUUUCCGUAAAAGUAGUGAUCUGACUGUCCACAUGAGAUCUCACACAGGUGAGAAGCCAUAUUUUUGUGAGAUAUGUGGAAAAACUUUCAGUAAAAGUAGUGAUCUGACUGUGCACAUGAGAAUUCACACAGGGGAGAAGCCUUACCCCUGCAACACAUGUGGGGAGAGAUUUAAAAAAGCAUCAACACUGAAAAGUCACAUGAAAACUCACACAGGUGAGACGCUGUAGUCAUGGAACAACAGUAGGAACAAAGCUUGAAAAAGCAUGCAUUCAUUCACAUCUUUCAGGGUAAAAAUAGGUCCUGUAGAUUUAAAGAUGUCAGACUGUGAGACGAUCUUUUAAAAUUUGUCAAGCUGUCCUAUGGAUACAUAGCAACUAUUACAGAAACACAUUGCAUUUUCAAAAGAAAGACAGCUGGAGACAUCAUACUUCUGACUAAAGACUUAAUAUGUAAUUUAAUGUUAGUUAUUUAUUCUAUAGCUGAGUAGAAAGAGAUGAUGUUGGUCUGAUUUAAUGUAGUGAAGAUAAGUUUACACAUGAAUGAAGUAUUUAUUUUAUUAAUCCUCACAUUGAGUUCAUGUAUAUGUAAAUUAGCAACAGUCCAGUUCAUUUUUAAUCUGUAUUUCUGUGGUGGUUUUAACACAUUAAACUAGUUUCUGUAGUGUAGUAACAUCUGGAAGUAACAGAUCUGACUAGUUUCAUGUCAGGUAAAGCUUCAGCCUUCUAUAAGACAGUUUAAUGUAAAAGUUCAACCCGGAGAGAUUUCAGUUUCCUUCGGAGAUGUUUGUUCAGAUCAGAUGACUUUGAUGUAACACACUUGAAGUUUUGCUUUGUGAGUGCUGUCAUGAGAUGAAAUGUAAUUUCAAUGCGGUUGGCUGAUAAAAUAUUUAUGAUACAUGGCUUUGGUAUCACUGUUUGUGUGACACAUUUUAACCCCAAACCUAAAAGUACUUCCUUCACUUGUUUUUUGUAUUCUGUCGCCACUGACACAUUUUCCUGUCUGUUUUAAUGUGAAACAAUAAAUGGUUAAGUUGUUUGAGACAAAA